UUUUGCCAGUGGUUUUGGAGGAAAACCUUGGAGGAAAACCCUGAUUUUGCCAGGGGGUUUUGGAGGAAAAUCCCAGAUUUCCCAGUAGUUUUUGGAGGAAAACUUUUGGGAACCCAAGAUGUGCUCCCAAGCAGGGAGCGCUGCCCCAGUCCCUCUCCUGUGCUUUCUCCUCGUGUCCCGUGUCCCUGAUUUUGGGCUGGGGUCCCCUCUCUCCACAGUAUGAUUACCUGGGUGACAGGCGGCCCGUCCCGGCCGGGAUGUACCCCUACCACUUCCCGGCGUCCCCCACCAUCCACGACAAAAUGGAUGAACUUUUAGACCUUCAGUUGCAAAGAAACCUAGAAUAUUUGGACCAGCAGGUGACGCCGUUCCCGGAGCCCUACAGGGACGCCCUGCACCCCUACAAGAUCAGCGAGCAGGACACCGAUAAGCUGCUGGGGAAGCUCUGCGAGCAGAACAAGGUGCUGCGGGAGCAGGAGAGGCUGGUGCAGCAGCUCCGCGCUGAGAAG